AUGAGCGUUGACUAUAGCCCCGCCAGUGGUGAAGCUGUUGGAAACUCGUCCGAUUUUAAUGCAAAAUCGACGCAUCUCAGCGACAGUGGCAAUGCCUAUCACGAGAUCGAUGAAUGGGACAGCGCGCUCAAAUCUACAAAUGCUCAGGGUGAACAGCUUACCUCUGCAGCUGCCAGCUUGAAGGACGAACCACCAGCACCAGCACCAAUGGCACAGGGUCCAUCUCAGCCACUUUCAAACGACGACGAAAAAAAGUACAACUCCGACCUGGACCACGUCGACAAUAGAGGCUAUUCAAGCGGCGAAAACCAGGAAAGCUCUACCAGUCGCGGUGAGGACGGCUCUGCGUUGAUCCCCGUGAGUGAACUAGACUGGGAUGGGCCCGAUGACAAAGACGACCCGCAGAAUUGGUCCCGGUUGAAAAAAUGGUGGGUCACGUACACCGCCGCGAUUAUGUGUCUUUGUUGCUCGUUGGGAUCGUCGCUCUACACCGGUGCUAUACCCGAGAUUAUGAAGAAGUUUGGCGCGUCUCAAGAACUUUGCUUGGUUGGCCUCACGUUGUACUUGAUUGGAUUGGCAAUCGGCCCCGCGGUGGCGGCGCCGCUUUCAGAGUUGGUGGGAAGAAAACCCGUUUACGUUCUUAGUUGGCCCCUUGGAAUGUUGUUUAUCAUGGGCGUCGGUCUUGCCCGCAACAUACAAACAAUCUUGGUUCUUCGUUUCUUUUGCGGACUCUGCUCGAGCCCUUCGUUAUCGAUUGCCGCCGGCACAAUUAGUGAUGUUUGGUCAAACGACCCUUCGGAACAAUCUUUUGCCGUGGCUAUAUUCUGUUUGUGCCCCUUUCUUGGACCGGUGUUGGGACCAAUCAUUGGAGGAUUUUCAGCCGAAUACAAGAAUUGGCAAUGGCCAGCCGCGUGGGUCUUGCUCAUGUUUUUUGGAGCAAUCUGGCCCUCGGCUAUAUUGUGCCCCGAGACGUUUAAACCGGUGAUUUUAUAUAGAAGAGCCAAGAAGCGCGGUCUCAAUGUGGAGACGCCCGUUUUCGACUUGGCGUUUAUGAAAAAGGUUGCCAGGGUCAAUCUUAUUGUGCCAGUCAAGUUGUUGGUUUCCGAACCCAUUGUGAUGUUCAUGUCGAUCUACGUUGCUUUCAUCUUUGCCGUCUUGUUUGGUUUUUUCGAAGCUUUCCCCGUGAUAUUCAGAGGCGUGUACCACAUGGACUUGGGCGUCUCCGGUUUACCGUUCCUUUCUGUUGGCAUUGGAUUAGUGUUGGGCGUGGUCUUCUACGUCAUCUUGGACUAUACCAUCUAUUACCCCCGCAAUGCCGAUGGCACGCGAGGCAAGAAGGACGCCGACGGGAAGCCGAUUUAUGAUCCACCAGAAACAAAAUUGCUUGUGGGCAAAGUUGGUUCCAUUGGUUUACCCAUUGCCUUGUUUUGGCUUGGCUGGACAAGUAGACCUUCGGUUCACUGGAUGGCGCCAGUUGCCAGCGGAGUCCCCUUUGGGUUUGGCUUGAUCUUGGUCUUUUUCUCAGUGGUGUUGUAUUUUUCCUUGUCCUAUCCUCCCAUCAUUGUUGCUUCGGCCAUAGCUGCCAAUAACUUGUUGCGUUACUUGCUAGCAUCUGUUUUCCCGCUUUUCACGGUGCAAUGUUUUGAGAAUCUAGGCAUUGGCUGGGCAGGCACCUUGUUUGCAUUAAUCUCGGUCUUGUUGGUUCCUCUUCCAUUUGUGUUUGCCCACUUUGGACCUAGACUUAGACUGCAGAGUAAACUCACUUAUGCUGCCUACUUUAAGAGAUUGGCUGCGGAGAAGGCUCAGAGGGAACAACAACAGCAGCAACAACAAAAACUUGGCCCAGCACCCCGUGAAGGAACAAACGUUGAGAAGAACGUUGCGAAUAAAGUAUAA